CGCCCGGCUGCGGCAGUGCGCCUGCGUUCCCAUUCAGCUCUGGAACUUCGUGUUGGUCAGCUCGAGCUCGGAGAAGCAAUAACGGCGACGGCAACGGUGGUAACAAUGUCAGAACUGAAGCGUCUUGCCUAUUCAAUUAUUGACUUUCUGCGUGAGCAGACAAAGUCCCAGGCUUGGACUUCUGACGAACGGGAAAGCUUAGAAGUUGCCAUGCAAUGUUUAGAAAAUGUCUUCAAAAUAAGCUCACAGGAUAUCGAUCUGGCAGUCUCACCUUCUCUAACAGAGAUAUUUUCUGCAGCCAUUACUAAGAAGGAAUUAAUAUGGAACACUCCAUCAGACUUUACUCCAUCUGCACAAGAUGUAAUUAGAGCUGAACAGUUGAAAAAUGAAGGCAACAACUAUAUAAAAGAGGAGAAUUACAGAGCUGCUAUAGACUCUUAUACUCAAGCAAUUGAAUUGGACCCAAAUAAUGCCGUCUACUUUUGUAACCGGGCUGCUGCUCAGAGCAAACUUAAUAAUUACACUGCAGCAAUAGAGGAUUGCAAGAGGGCAAUAGCCAUUGACCCAGACUAUAGCAAAGCUUACGGAAGGAUGGGUUUAGCAUUGACUUCUUUGAAUAAGCAUUCAGAAGCAAUUACUUAUUACAAAAAGGCUGUAGAAUUGGACCCUGAAAAUGGCACUUUUAAAUCAAAUCUGAAACUGGCGGAACAAAAAAUCGGAGAAGCAUCAAGUCCAACAGGAGCUGGUUUGGGAUUUGAUUUAGCAAGUUUACUGAAUAAUCCAAGUUUUGUAAGUAUGGCUGCAAGCUUGAUGCAGAACCCCCAGUUACAACAACUAAUAUCAGGAAUGAUGUCUAAUGCGAUUAGUGGUCCUGCAGCAGGUGUAGGAGGUCUUACAGAUAUGGGCAGCCUUAUACAAGCAGGACAGCAGUUUGCACAGCAGAUGCAGGAAGAGAAUCCAGAGCUAAUAGAACAGUUGAGGAACCAGAUCCGAUCCCGAUCAUUCAGUGGCAGCAAUGAAGAUCACUCGUGAUGGAAGAAAUAUCAGAAAUCCCAAAGAUGCUGGAUGUCAGGAGCAAGUACUUAUCAAUUUUGAAUGCCACAGCUUAUACAAAACAGACAGGAACAUCAGACUGUAAUUCACAGUUACCCGAUAAUUAAGAUGAUUUUGAGAAUGUACAAUUUUACAGUUUGUGUAUAAUAUGUUUGCAGGAUAUAAUAAGUUUCUAUUGUAUGUGUGUAAGUUAAUAGAUGUGAAGAAAUACAUUUUCAGUUGUCAUUGGAGUCUGAACAUUUGAUUCUUUAAGCUUGGAUUAACAGUAUUGUACAAAUAUGAAUUGUUACAGCAACAGAUUAGCGUUGUGCUCAUUGAAAUAUGACACUUAGAAUUGCAUUUGGACAAUGUAAUGAAAAUCAGUUACUGGAAAUAAGUUAGAGUGUUAAUGUAUUAGUUAUUUCAACUUAUUUUGCACUUUAUUCAGAAUCUAGGAGAGAUACCUACAAAUGUUUAAUUAUGCAUCUUGGGCAUUCUUUCAAAUAAUAUCCUGGAUAUCAUUGAGAUGAACUAAAAUGUUUAUUAUAGUUCUCAUCUGAUAAUUUUCCAUUGACAAUGCUAACAUUGACAUGUUACUUCUCCAGUCACCAUAUUCCUUAGCAUCCUCUGCCUGCUCCUCAAAAAAAGGAAGCUAUAGAUUGAAUCAUAAAACGGGCACAACACAGGAGCCAAUUUGGCAGGUCGUACAUGUACCAGCUCUCUGCAAGAAUAUUUCAGCUAAACCUACUGGCCUGUCUUUACGCCAUAGCUUUAUAAAUUGCUUUUCCUAUGAAUAAUUUUCCAAUUUCCUUUCGAAAACCAAGAUUAAAUCUGCUUUCACCAUGCACUUGGGACAUUCCUCAUUGCACAAAAAAGUCUAUCCUGACAUCGCCUCUGCUUCAUAUGCUAACUGCUUUAAAUCUGUGUACUUUCAUUCUUUUCCUUCCAGCAAUGGACAGGUGUCCUAUCUACGUUAUCCAGACACCUCACGAUCUUGAUCACACCUUUUCUGUCACCUGUUAACUUUUUUCAGGAGAACAGCCCUACCUUGCAGAACCUGCCCAUGUAGUUGAAGUAUCUCAUCUGCAGAAUCAAUUACAUAUUGCUGUUGCACCUUCUGCAGAAUUGCAGCAUUCAUUUGUGCAAAAGGACUAAACAUGGUAAACACACAAUGAAUGGACCCACUGACCAGUGAGUUCAGAACCAAGGGGCACAGUUCAAGGAUACAAGGUAUGCUAUUUAGGACUCUGAGAUGAAGAGAAAUUGCUUCACCUAGAGACUGGUCAGCUUGUAGAACACUGCCAUAGAAAGUGGUUGAGGCCAAAAUUUUAUAUGUCUUCAAGGAGUUAGAUAUCAUUCUUAGGGCUAAAGGGAUCAAAAAUAUAUGGGGACAAAAUGAGAAAACGGUACUGAGUUGAAUGAUCAGCCUGAACAUAUUGAAUGACAGAGCCGUCUCAAGAUGCUGGAUGGCCUAUUACUAUUUCCUAUGUUUCUAUGAAUAGUUUUUACCCUUUUACCAAUGCCUUUGCAUAGAGUUAAUAGAGUCAUAUAGCAUGGAAACAGACCCUUCGGUCUGACUCGUCCAUGUCAACCAAGUUUCCCAAACUAAACUAGUCACAUGUGCCUGCAUUUGGCCCAUAUCCCCCUAAAUCUUUCCAAUUCAUGUACCUGUCCAAAUGUCUUUUAAAUGUUGUAACUGUACCUGCAUCUACCACUUCCUGUGACAGUUCAUUUGAACGUAAUACUCCAACCAGUGUUGUAUAGCAUUCUCCAUAACUUUCUUGCUUUUGUACUCUAUUUCCGUGUUUAUAAAGCUGGAUUCCAUAUGCCUUAUUGAACAAUAUGCCUCACAUUCCUCUGCUGUUGCACUCAUUAGAAUUUAAGUCAUUAGUUUGUAUUGCCUUUCCCCUUUCUUCCUACAAAAAUGUAUCACUUAGCACUUUUCUGCAAUGUUUCAUCUACCACAAGGCCAUCAGUUCCAGCCUGUGUCCUUUUCAGGCCUCUUAUCUUCCUCCUUAAGGCUCUCAAUACUUCCAAUAAAUUUUGUAUCUGCAAGUUUUGAGAUUGUGCCCCAUACACCCAAGUUCAGAUCAUUAAUAUACAUAAAGAAAAGCAAUGGCCCUAAUAUUGACUCCUGGGGAAUCCCACUGUAUACAAUUCUCUGACUUUUAAAAAAAACACUAAUGUUUCCAAUUACUCAGUUAGCUUUGUAACUUUGAAUGCUGCCUUUUAGUUUGUAUGUGUGUAAGUAAGGUUAAAAACACUGAUAUGGGCCUACGUUAUGGGUGCCAAUGGCAGGCCAGAAAGCUGCCUUAAUCUUUUUGGGAUACUUGACUGCAUUUCAUGGGAGUCAAGCCAAUAAUUAGUUGCCAUUGGGACUGCUAGCCUUUUAAAGAUGGCCAUCUAACCACCUGGGGCUGCUGGUCAGUUGAAGGGCAGCAGUUCAGCAGCACCGUCCUGUAUCUUAACUACCUCCUUUUUCAACAUAAUUCCAGCAGCAACAUCUUCAGUAAAGACAGAUGCAAAGUAUUUAUUUAGUACCUUAGCUAUACCCUUAACUUUAAUGUGCAAGUUCCCAUUUUGGUCCCUAAUCGGCUGUACUCUACUUUUAUUUUACUAACUGUCUAAUUUGGGAUUUUAAUUGUUUCUAAUAAAGUGAAAAAAAAAUUUAGAAUUAUACAAUGCUGUAAAUCAGAAAUAUAAUCUGUUUCAUUAAGAUUUUACUGGUGCCACAUGGUCUGAUUCCACUUUCCUGUUAACUGUCUAUGUUUUAAUGAUACUCUUUCUUUUCAAGCACUUACUUAAUGUCCUUUCAAAAGGCUAUGAACUUAGAAUGAGAUUUGCACAAAUUUUUAAAGUAUAUGUGUAAUGCACAUCUGUCUUCAUGGUGUAAAUAUUUGCUAAUAAAAAUUGAUUAAUUGUCUCCCCAUCUUUUAUUUAACAUGAUCAAUGUGUAACAAGUUAGUUGUUAGUCCAAUCAUUUAUUGUUUUUGUCUUUACAGUUGCAAUAUUUAUGGAAUAAUGCUGUUCCAUUGUUUUAUAACAAUAAUCAAUAACAUUUUAUCUUGUAACGUAAACUCAAAACUCUAAACAUAUGAAAUGUAAGAAUUGGUGAUUACUUAUAAACUUAAAAUUCUGCAGAACUUCAGGAACUGAAAUUUAACAGGAAACCUUGGCAUCUGUUUGAACAUUGCCUGUAGCUCUAGUAACAGUCAUAAUUGGAGUUUAGAUUAGACAUGUCUCUGCUGUUUCAUGUCUAGUAUUUAAUUGACUAAGAAUAAUGCAGCAAUACAAAAUUUUUAAAGUUUACCAAAUUUACAAUUGGAUAUGAAGUCUGUGGUGCAAUAUAUUUAAUGUGAACUGUGCAUGGGACAAACACUAUAAAUGUCUUGUGUUGC